AUGGAUAGAAUCUUCUAUAAGACCGACCUCAAAGAUGCCUAUACCGGGUCCCCCAUUUAUAUUUUCGAUACCUCGUACCUCCCAGCGCCCGAGGAAGUGGACUAUGACUUGUUCAUUCCCACGCUCAUGCAGUGGCUUCCGAAAACGCCAUACGUGGUGAUCCUAUUUAGUUGCGGCUUAAACAAGAUCAAUUGGGUCUGGGGAAUCUCUUUCUUGAAAGCCUUUCUCUCUCGGACCUCGUCGAAUCCUUCGAACGCAGAAAACGUGCAUAAAAUCAUAGCUGUUCACGAGAGCUGGUUCGUGAAAUCCGUCAGCCAAAUCUUCACGAAUUUCCUAGUAUCCCGAAAACCACUUGCGAACUUGAACUCGCUCAUAUCAUCUUUGAAACUCUCCAGCAACCUCCUCGCUAGUUGUGACUCGCUCUCGGAUCUUUCCAACUACGUGGACAUCACCCAUCUCAAAAUAUCCUUGAACGUGUAUAGACACGACUAUCAAACGACCCUCUCGGCAAGAAUCACGCUACAUUCUCCAGUCAUUCCCGUGAUCACUGCAUCCACUAGAUUCUCGCCCGAGACAGACCCGGUGUUCUAUCAUCAUUUCUACCAAAUAUUCAACAUUGUGGAUGCAUAUGCGGACCAGGUGGAGCUUUUAUUCCAUAAACCAGGGAAAAAAAUCAACACUGAUAUUUUGUUCUACUGUUUGAUGCGCAACCAAAUCAUAUGGAUCAACGACUGGGACCUUAAUUGUGUUGCGUCGUGCUUUAAAAAAAUCCUUACCGAGAUUUCAACUCCUCUCAUAGAUACCAACAAGAUCGCUUUACCAAUGAAGGACGACUUGGACUAUACAUCUCAAGUAUUCAAAUCGAUGAUGAUCGAAGAAAACAGAAAUACCAUCUUGUUUCAGAUCAUAUGUCUUUGCCGCAGAAUCGUGGAUCGUGGCAUGACAACGAAACACACCAACGUCUCGAUCCUGAGGUGCUUGUCUCAUGCGCUAACGCACAAAGCAGUGUCACAUCAGAACAAAGACACCAUUCUGAUUGUUGUGAGAUUUGUUAAGAACCUUAUACACCACUGGCAUGAGAUAAAGCCUCAAUAUCAGAACCGCUUCAAAACCGUGCAUGAAAUUGUGUGUGGAGAAGACAUGGAAGACGCAACUAUUGACGAGCUGUACAACAUGUCGUAUGGUGUGAAGAUGGGGACUGGAUCCUCAUCAGAUGAAGAUGAAAGUCUGAAGCCGAACACUGAAAACUUACUUUCAUCGGUCUCAUCCUUCAAGAAACCCGAUUCUCUCGUCUCUUGUCGCAAACUAGACGUAGAUAUACACUCCAGGAACGAAUCACCAGUACGCCUGAUCAACAGUACUCUCGUUGAAAGUUGUACUAAAAGUUCGCCCUCUCAUGAUUUACCUUUAAGUGGCUCUAUUGAAUUGCACUCAGUUGAUAUGAGUGCCUUUGAGGAUCACCCCUUCGGUGGAAAUAUCGACGCAAAAUCCAGGCAAUUGGAGAAGUCUUCAAUCCAGAUUCAAUUCCCGCCCCAGAAAUACAAAUUCGAAAAAUCCGAGGGGGGUGAAAACUCAGUUUUGUACAAACCAACAACGAAACCAGAAGAGGCUGCGGUAUUCAUCAAGAAGCCAGUGAUUCGUGGUAGAAAGGUUGGCGAGCUCACAAGAAUUUUCGAAGAAAGGUCCCAUGCAAUGAAAAUCUUGGGCACCAUGUAG